AUGCUUGCUCAGUAUCGUUUAUUUGAGAGAUGGCAGUCCACCUUAAAAAGGCAAUCAGACGGAGUUCAUUGGCAUCUGGUGCGAUGUAUUGGUGGUCAAAUAAUCGCAGCUGCCUUCGUCUCAUAUAGGUUUCGAAAAGCAGAAUUAGCAACUCAUACAGUCUGCCACAUCUUGCGAAUUAUACCAUGUAUAAUUUGCUUAAUGCUCAUAUUUCAAUGCCGUUCUAUGACACCGGCGCUCAUUGAACAUACGGUUGUCGUUCCUUUGGAUGAAUCCCAUGAAUUUUGUGGACGAAUAAUGGGUGUCUUCUUUGUCGCUUCAUACACAGUUUCUGCAAAUGCACUGCAUUGGACUGUAGCUGCCGAUAAAAUGACCGCCGUUGAGGGCAGAUGCUGCAUAUGCAUAUUAUCAGCACAAGUGUGGUCUCAAAUCGCCUACUCCCAUUCAUGGUCCGGCGGGCACUGGGUUGGUAUCAGCCUUUUUUCGACAUGGACAGUGCUUUCGAUUAUUUAUCGCAUAGGCUUAUAUUUCAUAUUGAAGAAAAAGAGCAGCUAG